CUCUCUCUCUCUCUCUCUCUCUUCUUUAUGUGGUUCCGCGCUUCCGAAGGAGGCCCCGCCCCCGGACGAUGGCCGGAAACCCUAACCCUAAUCCCACCACCCUUCCCCCUUCCUCGAACCCCCGACCCCUAACCCUAACCCUAAUCCUCACCCUCACCCUCGCCCUCGCCGCCGCCGACCCCCUAUCCCCUUCCCCUUCCCCUUCCCCCUCCCCUUUCUUUCCCCCUCGUACUCCCCCAAAGCAAACCAAUUCCGCGCCCUCCGGCCUCCCCGCCUCGCCCCUCCGCCUCCCACCACCCCACCAUCCCCGCGUCCCCGCCGCGCUGCUGCCGCCCGGGAGGGACCUCAAUUUCGGGCAGAAGAUGGGGUUGCUCUUCGCCGGAGUCGCCGCGGUGAUGCAGCUCGUGUUCGGGGGCUUCCUAGCUGUAAAAAGAUGGCAAUUGGGGAAGCUGGAGAGGGGAUAUAGGCGAAAGGAGGCGUCUUCCGCUGCUCCUUUGACCUAAUUCGCCGCUUCAAGAUCCGGGUUUUCCCCCCCAAAUGGCCAAUUUUUUCGGUUCCACGGGCGGAAGAAGCCGGUGAUUCUUUCUAAUUCUCGGCAGGGAGAAACGGGAUGGUUCUUUUAGCUGCGCACACCGUCUUCAGGUUCGUCUCCGUCGCACUAUGUAUGAAAUGGGCAUAUGUUGAGUGUUGUUACUUUGCUUUGUCUUUGUUUUAUUCUGUAAAGCUCAAUCUUUUUACUGUACAAUCAUCUGGUAUGCGUAUUCAAUGAAUCCUCACCUUUGUAGCUUGCAAAUGGAUAGAAACUGAUCCUUCAAUUGUGGUCUUCGCUUGCCACUUUUGGUUUAAAUUGACAUUUGUUGUCGUAUUAAUAUUGAUGGACUUCAUUUCA